UCCUGUUCACCUGUUUCCACUCUCCCUCAUCAGCCCUGCAGCACCUGACCAGCCCUUUUUCAUUGUCUUUGUUGUUUUAUGUGUCACGUAUUGUUUCCCUGGUUUGGUCUGCCUUACUUUUCCAUCUUUGACCUUAUUGUCUGCCCAUUGGAUUUUUGAUUCCUGCCUGGUCAUUGUUGGAUUUGUUUACCUGUUUGGACUGCCUUCUAAGGUUUUGAUUCUUGCCUGCCUCACCAUCCAGCAGUUUUCUUGGUGGAUUGUCUGUUUUGGAAACCAUUGGGCCACAGUGUGAUAAUACAAUCAGAAAGACAACUUUCAGAGCAUCAGUUCUUCUCACAAUGUCCAGCAAGCCCACACCAUCCCAACAUGAGGGGGACUACAUGUGCCUGAUGAGAGGCUUGAAAGAGCUGGACUUCCGGGGUCCUUGUGUUCCCAGUGACCUGGUGCUGAUUGGAGACCAUGCCUUUCCUUUAGCAAUGAACAGCCAAGGCCAGGUCCUGAUGGCUGCCUCUCUGUACAGCAGUGGAAGGAUUGUGGUCCUGGGUCAUGAGGGCUACCUGACCGCCUUUCCUGCUCUGCUAGAGAACGCUGUGACCUGGCUGAGAGGAGAUGGAUCUGAAAAUGUUUCUGUGGGGAUCCACACAAACGUCAAGGCAGUCUCUGAAAAUCUCAGCAAAUCCAGCUUCCAAGCAGAAGUUGUGGGGGCCUUUAGUGGCAACGUGGGGGUGUAUGUGACUGAUGCCUACAGUGUGGGUGCAGACGUAAAGGACCUGGUGGCCUUUCUGAAAGCUGGAGGAGGAGUGCUGAUAGCAGGGCAGGCAUGGAACUGGGCUGCAGAUCACCCCAAGGAGAACACGCUGCUUCAGUUUGAAGGGAACAAGGUUUCUGGUGUGGCAGGGAUCUACUUCUCUGAGCGCCAGUGUGAAGUAGAGUACCUUCCUGUCUACCCUCAGAUCCCAUCUUCCUGGAUGGCUAUAGUAAAUGGGAAGGAUUUUGAGGAUGACCUGGACUUCUUACUCCAGGGGGUUUCAGAGUUCGACCUCAACACUGGAGCACUACCAUCUGAGGUUCUGGUCCACGGACCACUAGCCUUUCCCAUCGGGACCACAAACAAUGGACGAGCAUUCCUGGCAGGAGCCUACUAUGGGCAGGGACGAGUCAUUGUGGUUACACAUGAAGGAUUUAUGGGACACGAGACAUUUGCUCCAUUUUGGAACAAUGCCAUUCAUUGGUUGGAUGAAGGCCGGAUGGGGAUCGUUGGUGUAGUGCACGAUCCAGCACUCCAAGUUCUCAGCAAGUCAGGGUUACAGUGUGAGAAGACAGACUUCAGGGAAGACCUGAGUGUAUUUGUCUGCACGGCGUACAGCGAUAAUCAUGUGGAGGAAAUCCAACACUUCGUGGCAGAGGGAGGAGGCCUGCUGAUUGGCGGACAUGCCUGGUACUGGGCACAGACGCACUGCGGGCAAAACCCAAUGACAGAGUUCUCAGGGAACAAGAUCCUGAACAAAAUGGGCUUGAGCCUGUUGGGGACAACAAUUGAAGGAGGUUUAUACAAGGCCCCUGUGCCCAGCCAGGCCAUCAAAGAUACCUACCACUUCCGCAACCUUCUGGGCCGCUUCGCUGGCCAUGUAAUAAAUGGUGAAGAACUUGGCAAGGAUGAGGAGGAAUGUCUUAAAAAGCUGGGUGGUGACUGUGCCAAGUACUUGCACAUGAAGGCUCAUGACUGCUCCUCCUACACGCAGAUUGUGUCCACCCUCACUGACAUCUUAAUGAAGUCAGACAUGCCUCAGGUGUGUGACAGCUGCCCUGUAAAUACUGCAAAAGACCACCUACUCCUCAGUGUGGCAGCAGAGGUAUACAAGGUUUCCCCAGAUCCUGAUGCUCUCCUGCCCUACAUCAUCAAGCAUAACCCGUUGCUGCCAGUUGUUUACAACCACAGGAUCAAGAUUAAUGUUAACACAGCAGGAGGGGAGGACUGGAUCAGUACAGGUCUCUACCUCUCUCCUGGUAUGAAGACCUACAUGGCCAUACCAGCAGAGAUAGUCAACAAGGAAUGGAAGAUCCAGAUAGGAUGUCAAACAGACCAUCUCAACGCUGCAGAGUUGAAGAGAGCACCAUGUGUUCAUGAGCGAUUUCCUGUUACCUCAGAGAUGAUGCAGGUGUGGAACCUGUGGGGUGGACUCAUCUACCUGGUAGCCCCACCCAAAACACAAGUGCACGGGGUAGAGGUCACAGUGCAGAUGGCUGUACCUGCGCCGUACUAUAGAUCAGGUUUGACAACAGCAGCUGAUUGGUUGUUGUUGCGCACAGCCCCUUCACCCUGGGCAGAGUUGGAGUUUGACAACAUCAUCCUUACUGUACCAUCAGAUGUUAUUCGGGACCUAGAGCGCCCUGAUGAGCUGGCGGCACUCUGGGAUGACAUCAUGAGGGGCAUUGCAGAUCUUGCUGCCAUCCCACACAAAUUUCCCCGCAAAGAACGUUUUGUUACUGAUGUGCAGAUUUCCUGUGGUUGGAUGCAUUCAGGUUAUCCUAUCAUGGCACACAAGCCCACAGCAGCUGAGCUGGUCAGCAUCAACCACAUCAGGUGUAAAGGCCUGUGGGGCCCCAUACAUGAGCUUGGACACAACCAACAGAGAAGCUGCUGGGAGUUCCCAUCACACACCACAGAGUGUACAUGCAACCUGUGGUCAGUGUAUGUGCAUGAAGAGGUGCUGAGGAUCAACAGGGAACAGGCUCAUCCAGCAAUGACUUCAGCAGAUCGAAAUAGUCGAGCAGAGGAGUAUGUUAAGGGGGGCAAGAAACUCAGCAACUGGGAAAUGUGGGUGGCCCUGGAGACAUAUAUGCAGCUCCAGGAAAAGUUUGGCUGGGAUGCCUUUAAGAAGGUGUUUGCUGCCUACCACAAGAUGUCCAACUUUCCCAAUGACAACAACGGAAAGAUGAACCUGUAUGCAGAGACCUUCUCCCAGACUGUGGGGAUGAACUUGGCUGGAUUCUUCAAGGCCUGGGGCUGGCCCAUCGAAACAGCCACUGAAGAGAAACUCUGCAACCUGCCUCCCUGGAGUGACCACCCCAUGGUCCAGUAUGACUGAACAUCAGACUGCUGCUGAUACAGUGUAGAGAGAUGGGUUCACUGAGUACCAAAUACUUCAUAUUGAGUAUAUACUGGGUGAUUCAUUUAACUGACUUUGUUUUUGUAUUUUGACUAUAGUUAUUGUAACAUUUUAAAAAGAAACAUGAGUUACGUAGUUGACCUGAUAUUUACAGCUUUUAAGUAGCUUCAGUUUGAAAAACAUGUUGUUGUCAAAUGUAAAUACUGAGAGGUCAUUAAUGAACACAAAUGCUACCAGGUUUGCUAGAUAAAAUAAUUGUGAAACUUUUUGGAAGUGCAGCAUUAAAACCUGUUCUGUGGUCAACCCUCA